AUGAAGGUCCGAGCGAUCGUCUGGCUCCAGAAAAUUCGACUAUUGAUCGCCAGUGCCAAGCUGGCACGAUUACUAAAGUUCAAAGUAGCCCUCGACGAGCAGCUUGCGGUAAUAGAUAUUAUACUCUCAGUGCGAAUGAGGCUUAGGGGACUCGAAAAUGUGGAAUAUUCACCUGCUUUGAAGGACAAAGACUUCAAUGAUCUGGCCAACUAUCACCUGGACAAUGACAAGCACGAAAAGGUACACCGCGGAUUGGUAUUCAAUUGCACUCAAGAAUUUGAAGGGGGCAAUGAUUGUCAAGGGGCAAGUAUCACACUACUGGGCAUUGUUCGCGAAUAUCAAGCACGAGGCAUUGCUUCUUGCUUCUUGGAAUUGAAAGAAGCCGAAACGGGCAAAGGGUGUAAACAUAGUCGGAUGAGGGUGCAGCAAAGUACCCGUAACGACAUAGUGCGGUGUGGAGAUCAAGACCUGCAAAAGUUCAAACGAGCCAAGGCAAUUAAGGAAAAGGCCCAACUAAAGAUCGAACUGGACCUGGGAAAAAUCGAACUAGCCAAGGCAAACGAGGAGCAAAUGGUAUACCGUUAG